AAUUCACUCAUUCAAACACAUCGUGUCUCGAGUGGAGUCAGUGCGCUUCUGCAAGCCUAGCACCGGGAUCAUACUGAACAAUGGAGAAGCUCAAGAUUUGGAUUAAGCCAGAAGUUGAGAAAAGAGAUUGCCGGCUUGCCCUGCCAGCUACCCUGAUGUAUUGAGUUCCCUGGCUGACCCCCCCAGUACCUGGGGAGAUGCUGGCAUUGGCAACCCCUGCUCGAGAGUUACAAACAGAGAGUCAUCAGAAAGCUGCAUGUUCAGAAAAGGACUUCACUUCUUUUAAACCGCCUUUCUGGAAGAAGAGAAGAGGAGACGGAUCUUUUCCCCGGGGGAGUCACUUUUGUCAAGUGGUGAAAAUGAAGCCUCUGGAAACACAGCUGAUCAGUGAGAUCUCUGAGCUGCAGAGCAUGGUGUCAGAGCUAAAGGUGGGAUUCUCCAGCGCCCUGCUGGAGCUGAGCCACAUCCAGCAGGAAGACGCCCGCCUUCGGGAAGACCUGGAGCACGCCAAGCAGCACUGUGACCGGGAGGCCCUCCAGCUCCGGGCCCUGGUGGACUCUCUGAAGACAGACUUGCAAGAGGUGCGCUACCAGAUUUGCGAACUCCACAAGGACCAGCGGAAGCCACAGCAAGCAGAUGGGGGGACAGUCUCGGGGUCGACACAAACACAGAGAAGCAGCUGUGCUUGCCAAGCCUGUGGAGGGUCACAGAUUGACAGCCCAGCCCCGCCCCUCUCACAGCCCGCCAGCCUCCUCCUCCACUGCUACCUGCAGGGGCUCCGGGCGGGGCUGAUCCCAGGCACAGAAACUCCUGUAAGCACUCAGGCAUCGCCCAGACAGGCUGGAGCGCCUCAUGUCCUCAUGACCCCCUGUAACACUAACCUCCUGCAGGACUCCCCUUUUGAGGGCCAGAGGCAACAGGUGGUCUUGAACCUGUUCCACUCCGAGCAGGAAUACCUGUCAACCCUCUUCCAGCUUUGCGACAAGUACAAAAUGCUGUCUGCUCUGCCAAAGAACCAAGGGACGUGUCAGAUGUUUGUUAAUUACCUGGAGCAGCUGUCACAGCACAGCUUGCUGUUCAGAAAUGCCCUGGAGGACCGUCUGCACUGCAAACACUGGCAGGGCCUCGUGGGCGACGUGUUUGCCAGGCUCACUUGCCAAAAUGAGGGUACAUUUAUGGGUAUAUACCUUGGAUAUGUGAGGAUGCUCCCUAUGGCGCUUUCACAUUUUCACCAAUCAAAUGGUAUAGUACGUAGCCCCCAGGACGGUCCACAGGAGAGAGAGGCACUGCAGGUUACACAGCUCCUGGCACCCGUGACUCGGAUCCACAGCUACCUGACUCAUAUGCAGGAUCUGCUUCAGUGGACGGGCAGAGACCACCCUGACCACUAUUUGCUCCAAGUGAGCAAAAGAGCGCUACGCAACUUCCUGAACCAGUGUCAUGUGAUCCUGGAGCAGGGAGGCCUGCAGGGCGACAGGGAGGAGGCCCCAUGCAGCAGCCCUGCCCCUCCCUUGAGUACUCUCUCCCCCUCCUGUCAGCACAAUACCGGAAGCAAAACCCUCACUCCCAGUGAGCACUGCGAGCCAGCCGGCGCAACAAACAGAAGUGAGCCAGAGAAAAAUUAUCUUGGUGCAAACAUCUUCCCAGCCUCGAAUCACCCAGGGAGCCGCUGUCCAACCCUGCAGGUCUCAGCGAGGAGGAGCCGUCGCCAAGGCCGGGCUCCAAACCCCGUUCCCUCUCUGCACCUCCUCCUGGGUUCCGGCUGCCAUGGAGACGGGAGGGUCCUCCGGGGCGCGGCAGACCCGGGCGGGGAGGAGAGAGGGAGCAGCCCGGCACGGGCCCCUCCUCCUCCUGGAGCCGGAGCCCGGGGCCCUGGAGCUCACCACACCAGGGGGAGCUUCGAGGACUGCGACACAGACCUGGACGAUUUGGGAGACACCUCCGUCUUCGACUACUCCUCGGUGACGUCGUGCAGCCCCGACGGCACCCUGCAGAUGAGGGAACGGGAGGCUGCGGAGGAGGACGAAGAGGAGGAAGAGGACGAAGAAGAGGAAGAGGAGGACAGCCAGGUGCCUGUGCUUCUAAAGCCCACGGAAGUGGAUGCUCAGCCGGCUCAAAGGACUGUGCUGGGAGAGGGCUCUGUGUGUCUGGGGGUGCAGGUCCCAAGGGCGCCCCCUCACCCCCCUCCUGGGAAGCCCUGGACCCCCCACGCAGGCCACCCUGGGACAGGAACCACACAGGGGAACGGGGUCAGCGCCUCACCGAACAUCUUCCCACCACAGCCACCACCCCCCCGGCCUUUCAGACCAGCCUGCCCAUCCUCCUUCGAGCAGAGAGAAACUACUUCAAGAGAACACAAAGUGGCCCAUAGCAUAACUGCAAACCCUGGAAGACUAGACAGAGGUGGCCUGAGGUCGUUGCUGGGCGUGGCAUUCAUCAGAGCGCGACGUAGCAGCCCACAGGUAACAGGUAACACAGGUGCGUGGGAGGACAGUGAGGACAGUGAUGGUCCCUGCAGCACUGUGUGACUGUAUGGCCUGCCCCACAGUGGCACUCUGCUGCCCCCUACAGACUCAUCAGUGCCUGCAAUGCAGGCAGAACACAGAUGCUACUGAUGUUCCAGUGAGUUGCUGUGUCAGCACUGCCCCCCUGGCACCCAUUCAAGAUGGACUCGGAUCUGUUAAAUACUCCAAAUGCCUAAACUCCAGAUGUUUUAAAAAAAAAAAAAAAAUGAAAAAAAA